ACCAGGAAGUAAACUGAGCAGAUAUUCCAGCGUUCAGAUUUACCUAGAUACCAUGUUCAGCAAGGUGUUUCCGUCAUUCUUUAAAAAUUUUAAAGACAGUGCUGGCUGAUUCAGGACUUCAGUUACCCCGCUAAGUAUUACAUUUCUUUCUGCGAAUAAUCUGUUUUUGAUGCUAACUUCGUUUUUAACCCUACAAAAUCACAUAUUCUGUCCAGUUGCUUGCAAUCUAUUUUUUUCACAGGACCUAGGAUCAUUCUGAAAAUUUCACAUCAGCAAUGUUAUUUCAUAAUAUACAGCUACAACCAUAGUGGUAAAGAAACAUUUGUUCACUUACCUGGACUUGGAGUACAUGAUCUGACUCUUGAACCUGAGUAUGGGAAACUACUGUAGGAAAAAUUGCAGCUGUUGCUUGACAAUUUGUCCUUGCUUCUUUAAGGAAAAGGCAGAUAGUUAUAAACCAGAGCAACCACCCACAGUCUUUGCGAAUAACCAUGUUGGUGAUCAAACCGACCAACGUGUAUCUUUAGGCUUUCCGAGCGGACCUCCAAAUGUAACCAUAAAUACUCAAAGGAAUGAUGACUUAUAUGUGGCUUUAUAUGCCUACAGGGCUGCCACAACUAAUGAGUUAAGCUUUAAUGCUGGGGACCAAUUGCAGAUUCUGGACUUUACAACUGAAAGCUGGUGGAGAGCUAGGGCCAUUAUUACUCGUGGAAAAUCAGAAGGAUACAUCCCAGCCAACUUCAUUGCUCCUGUGGCCAGCAUCGAAUCCAAGCCGUGGUUCUUCCGUACAAUAAAAAGGUCAGAGGCUGAAAAGCAGCUCAUCCUACCAGGAAACCAAACUGGAUCUUUUCUCAUCAGGGAAAGCGAGAGCCAAAAGGGAGAUUACUCACUUUCUGUCUAUGAUGGCAACGCCGUGAAACACUACAGAAUUAGAAGGCUUGAUAAUGGAGGAUUUUAUAUAUCACCGAGAAAAACAUUCAGGGAUUUGGAGGGACUUGUGCAAAAUUACAGAAAUGUAAAUGAUGGUCUCUGCUGCAAGCUCACAAACCCAUGUAAAAAGACAGAAAUACCGUUGCCACCAGAUUUGUGUUACCAAACUGCAGAUCACUGGGAAAUUGACCGAAACUCUUUGCGGUUACUGAAGAAACUGGGACAAGGUCAAUUUGGUGAUGUUUGGGAAGGACUGUGGAAUAACACCAUAUCAGUGGCCAUUAAAACUUUAAAACCUGGAUCAAUGAAACCAGAGGACUUCUUAAGAGAAGCGCAACUUAUGAAGAAACUCAGACAUCCAAAACUGAUCCAGCUGUACGCAGUAUGUAGCUUGGAGGAGCCUAUGUAUAUUAUUACUGAGCUCAUGAGAUACGGUAGCCUGCUUUCAUAUUUAAAAAAUGAUAAUGGCUCAAUGGUUAGAGUACCUCAACAGGUGGACAUGGCUGCUCAAGUGGCUUCAGGAAUGGCAUAUCUAGAAACACAAAACUUCAUCCACAGAGAUUUAGCUGCCAGGAAUGUACUUGUUGGAGAAAACAGUGUUUACAAAGUAGCAGACUUUGGACUUGCAAGAGUUUUCGAGGAUGAUGAUGUUUAUGAGUCCACAAAUAGUAUAAAGCUUCCUCUAAAAUGGACAGCACCAGAAGCAAUCCGCCACAGCAAAUUCACAGUCAAAUCUGAUGUCUGGUCAUUUGGUAUUCUACUUUCUGAAAUAGUGUCCUAUGGAAAGAUGCCUUACCCCGGUUGGAAUGGAAGGCAGACACUGGAAAAACUUGAGCAAGGGUACAGGAUUCCUAAACCACUCAAUUGUCCUCUAGAACUUUACAACAUCAUGUUAGAAUGUUGGAAUGCCAAGCCAGAGGCCCGGCCAACUUUUGAGACAUUACAAUGGAGGCUUGAAGAUUUCUUUGAAAAUGAAUCGUCAUCCUACCUUGAUGCAAAUGCAUUUUCAAACUCGGAUUAAACAAAAUCUAGUUGACCUCAAAUAGAACUAAUUAUCUCAAAAAUCUUUAUCUCUGGUUAAUAUACUGACUAUUGGGAAAUACAGUCAGUGAUAUCUAUUAAAUCUUUAAAACAGUAAAGGAAAAUCAAAAGAAUCCUCAUUUCAACAGCUGACACAUGUCUACCUAAAGGACAUGGUCAAAGGACUUUGACAUGUUUUUCUAAGGGAUUAUGUGAAAAAAAAUCUAGCACUUUAAAUGAACAGAAACACUCCCAAAACAAA